UAAAAGGGCUCCAUACCAAGCCACGAUCAGUAUGCAAAUGUGGAACGUUGCAGACAGAAAUGCCAUAGCAUCACAGGAAGCUGCUGAGGUGAGGACGGCUCAUAAUAAUGGCUGGAAUGCGGUGAAUGGUAUCAAACGCAUUAAAAUCAUGUAUUUGAUGUGUUCGAUAGCAUUCCAUUAAUUCCGUUCCAGCCAUUACUAUGAGCCUGUCCUCCCCAAUUAAGGUAUUACUGGCAGACUGUCAUAGAUAGAGAUGCCUCGAUUCAUGAUUCAGUCGAACAACUCCGUCGAUUCUAUUUAAUUUCCAUCUACUCUAAUAAAAACCAAAACUGACUUGUAAAAUAUGUAAUGCAUAUUGUAGCCCUAUGCAGUGCCAUUGUUACACAACUCUUAUCUGUCCAACUAUGUUUGUUCAUUACAUUUAGAGCACCACACGACUUUGAAGAACACACAAGGCAGCCAUUGCUGGGAAAAUGCAGGGCCAGAGAGAGAAGACAUUCAUAUUGAUCCUCGUUGCUGCGCUCUCUCACAGGGUGACUCAGGCAAAGGUAAUGGACAUGGUUCCUAAUGCCGUGGAUGACCAGUACACUCACUGUCGGGAGCAGAUGUUGAAGAAGGUUGUGGAAGGGGGUCUGCUGGAAGAAGAACUGAAAGGCAGUAUAGAGUAUAGUUCUGCCUGGCAGGCAAAGCAGUGUACAAAAUUUAUCCCGGGAGGCGUCAAGCAACACACAGAUGCAUUGGUGGCUUAUGGACAUGGGGGAAAUGUGUUCAGAAAGAUUUUCAACCAAGCAGUGGAGACUCAGGGUGGGAAUGUCACUGUCUAUAACGGCAACUUCCGGUUCAAAUCCCUCCACUUCCUUCUAAUGGAUGCCAUGAGGCUUUUGAAGACAGAGAACUGCCAAACUGUGUUUCGUGGCCCAAGCAAAGAGUAUGAGGCACAAGUAGGGUCAGAAGUGCGAUUUGGGAGGUUUACCACAACCAAGGCCAAACGUUCCGACGCGGAGGAAGCUGCUUCAGACAGUGGGAUCCUUUUCAACAUUAUUUCCUGCACUGUAGUCAACAUUGAUGAGUACAGUUGUGUCUCAGACAGCAUUGAUCAGCUGAUAUCCCCAGCAGAGGUGUUUAGGGUGGCUGAGGUAAACAAUGUAAGAAAUAAAGAUCACGAGUACAGAGAGAUCGUUUUGACAAGUUCAAGGACUCACAGCAUUGACAGCAUCCACGACUGUUACCUCUUCCCCAGAUCUACAAGUACGAAUCCUCCAUCAAUCAUCCCCAAAGGCUCCUCUACUCAAUGGCUUGGCAGUAGCCUGUCUGUUCUUGUGGUUGUAUCUCUCUCUAUCUCCCUGAUCACCAGGACUGAUCAUCUCUGAUAAACUAAAGUGUUGAAUGAUAAUAGAUGUGGUAAAGAAGUCAAUGGAACGCAGACCGUGGGGGAUAGAAGGACGCACAUUCAACCAAUCUGAUCUAACAAAAUAGAUAUUUGUCAAAUUAUCAUUUUUUAUGUAUUGUAACAUGCCUUGAAUGUGCUUACUAAAGUUUGAUUUGGAUAUGUCUGUUUUCACGGCAUAACAUUUAGAAAUAGUCCCUUUCAGGUUUAGUAGAAGUGACUGCUAAAGGCUAACUCCCAUUCGUAUAGACUGGUAGCAUAGCUAGCAUAGAGAAAUCGAUGGUGGUAGUAAGUCGUUUUUUAACUGUAAUGCAGUUUCUUGGUGAUGAUGACAUCAACAUGUAUUCGGGUUGACAUCCAUACCAGCAUUAUUCUCAGAUUUUUACCUCAACAUAGGGUGAAACACACAAACAAUAGCCUAAAUGUAGGCUAAUUUUGCUGGUGGCCAUUGAGGAGAUUCUGAAUCUUUUCCCCACGACAUCUUUUCCCCCAUGCGUUUCCAUGGCAUUUUCAUUGUUUUGGUUGAGUUCCAAUGAACUCUUCACUGCAUCUAUUGAUAAGGACAAACACACACACACAGACACACACUUGCAUGUAUGUAAUAUCAGUGCACACAGACACAGAUAUUCAUCAAAUGUGACAAAGCGCCAACCUGUCAAACCCCUCUUAGCAUAAUGAUAUUCUCUUGAAAAAUGUAUUUCUUUGCAUUUUAUUGUUUCUGUAAAAAAAAAAAAACGUUUUAAACAUUUACAAAACAUUUUUGUAAAACGUAGAAAAUACGUUUUAAACAUUGUGGUAUGCAUUUAGCACAUAUUUUGGUAUCACAACAAUUGACUGUGGGUGGUGUCCAGUUUUCAUAGAUGUAAUUUAAUUUCCCUCUUGUUUUGUUAUCGAAUAAAGAAACAAGUUGAGCAUUUUUGAGCGUUGUAUAGGACACCUUUUGCAUCUACGCAUUGAGAUGGGGUGGGAGGGAGUGAUUUAAUUAUCUAA